AUGGCCGAUUCUCCAGACUCGUCGGUGGCCUCGCUGCGGGCCAGCAUUGAGAACCCGAUGCGCAACUUCCGGGUGCAAAAGGAGCCAGUGGGUCGGAGAAUUGCGCCGACCAUUGUCGGCUCGCGUAUCCUGCUCUCCAACGUGGUGCCUGAGGCCGACGACGUAGCGGUGACUGGUGAGCGCUCGUUCCUUGAUGCCAACCUAGAGCACAUGCUCUCCUGGUCAGCCGAAGCGCCCGAGCUGUAUGUACUCUCGCGCGAGCACUCGCUCUUCCACUUUGACAAAGAGUGGCUGUUCGGCUUCUUUGAGACUCUCUCGCUUCACGAGGCCGGCAUCACCGAGAUCGACGACGAGUUCCUCGCACUCAUGCCUGGCCUCCAGGAGUUGUCAUUGACGGGCAACGCGAUUUCUCGCAUUCCCUCGGUCCUUCCACCUCAGCUCACCAUCCUCAAUGUGGGGUGCAACGCGCUUGGCGGCUCGCUCGGCUCGACGCUGGCAUACUCGGGCAAGUUCUCUAACGCACUUGUCCAUCUCUCGCUCUCGCACAACCACCUCACAUCACUGGGCGUGUACGUUGACGAUCUUGUGGUGAAGGCCGGCGGUGACCGCGGCUCUGCGGCAUCGGUCAAGUCUGGGACUGGCGGUGUGGUCACGCUCGGCGAGCUUUUUCCGCGGCUGCUCUCAUUUGACCUUUCAUUCAACGUGCUUGAGGACCUCGACGAGGCGCUCAAGGCGCUGGUGACUCUGCCACGGCUGAAGCAUCUCAAGUUGAUGGGCAAUCCGCUGAGCUUGCUCAAGGCGUACCGGCAGUUGACGCUGGCAUGCCUGCCGGAGUUGACAGUCCUGGACGACAAGCCGGUGGUGCCGGAAGAGCGUGAGAGUGUGCGAGAGUGGCUCAUUGAUCUCGGCUCGUUGUCGGGGGUGUCGUCUCGGCGGACGUCGCUGGGGCGGAACCAGUGGAGCUCGCAGAACGAGACACUGACGGUGCUCAUUUCUGGGGCACAGCCAGCCUUUGACGCGCUUCUCAAGGCGCGAACGGUGAAUGUGGCUGUGGAACUGUACUCGAUCUCGGCAGUGCCGGCGCCGGGCUGGACAUUUGCGGUGUGGCUGGAGCGGCUGGCGGAAGAGGUGGUGGCCAAGACCGAGACUGCGCUUGCGCUUGAGCGUGAGGCUGCUGCAAUGGCAGCGGCGGCGGCAACAGCGGCGGCAGGCUCUGCGCUUGCGACAUCCACGUCAGGUGCCUCGAUCGCAAACCAUGGACUGAGUGGGCAGACGUCGGGCUCGGUGCGCGGGCGGCUGCCGCACUCGCGGUCGUCAGCGCGCAACGCAGCGGGAACACCGCCGGCUGGCGCUGUGAGCGGGGCGUCGAACGCAGCGACACAGGCUGCGUCGCGCACCAAAGCCAUGGCCGAAGUUCUCUCUGCAGUUCCACCGCCGCCAAUCCUGGUCUACUUUGUCGAGGUCGAGCUGAUGCCGGGCGUUGUGGUGACCUCUGACGAGUUCUCGUUUCUGGAUCUUAUCGACGCGUUGGCGGCCAAAGAUGGGCCGUAUGCCGAGCAGCUGGAGGCUGGAAAGAAGGCGGCCGCGAUGGCAAGCAGUGGCUCGCGAUCAAACAUGUCUGGGUCGCGAAAGGAUGUCGGGGCGGCGUUUCUCGCUCGGCGAGAGCGGCGGUCGUCGUCGCGGUUCCAUGCGGGGCGUCCAACUACAUUUCCUCAAAAGCUGACGUCGGUGCCGAACCUGGAGCACACCGAGGUGAACGAGCGAAUUGCCCGGGCGCUGACGUCGCUCGGGUUUGGCGACGGGCUGACGCCGAGCGUGAUGCGGGCACUCAAGCUGCAAAACGUGGAGAUGGGGCUGAGCGGAAGCUUGAUGCGGCUCAGCCUGCCAGCGGAUGCAGCGCUGCGCAACGGACUCCUCAUGGGGCUUCCGCUGCAUGUGGUGGAGGUAUGCAUCGAAUUCAUUCCGCGGCCAAAGAACGAGGCUCACGAGGCCGACGAGGUCGACGGCGACGACGACGCUGUGAUAGUGGCGUCACAUUCAACGGCAUCGGCAAGCGGUGGCAAGUCCCGGCGGCGCGGCGGGAGCUCGCGGCGAACACGGACGUCGCAGUCGCUGGCGGGACGGAGCAGUGGUGGCGGCGAAUCGAGGGCCGGUUCACCUGGCUCACGGUCCGAGUCGGCCGAGGGUGUCGCGGCCGGGCCACCGUUUGCGCCGCUUGCGCCGCGAUUCCGAGUUGUGGCGUCGAGCCAGAUCAACGGUGGCUCGCUAUUCGAACCGACGGUGAUGGGCCUCCACGCGCGGCACGACGUCCAGGCCUGUGUCAUCAAUCUGAAGAGUGCGCUUGAGCGGCUAGAUGCAGUCGAUGCGCGGGCGCGGGCUGAUCGGCUCGGGCUUCCCACGUUUGGCUCGUACGCAUUUCCGCCGACACGGAUGGCCAACCCGCGGGCGGCGGUCAUCGAAGUUGCACUUGCGCUCCACCAGCCGCUGGAGGAGCCGCCGCCACAGCAGCAGCCAGAGUCGACGCCGCCGCCACCACGGAACCAGCGGCGCGGCAAGCCGCUCGGAGGCAGCGGGCCCGGAAGUGGCGCCGAGGCCGGCGCUGCAAAGGCCAAAACCAAGGCCAAGGCCAAAGCCAAGGCCAAGGCCAAGGCACCGCGCAAGCUCAGUGGAUCGUAAACAGGUCAUGCCGA